AGUUGGUGGGCCAGGCCAUGGGCGUACUAGACCCUUUACUGCCGACAGAGUCCUGACUGACGAGGAAGUGGAAUGCGCUAUCGCUUUCUUGAGACACACUGCUGAUGAGGAGACCAUCCGUGAAAAGAUGAAAGUCACUUUCGCAUACCGCCACGCCAUGGUCAAUGAUGAGAACAAAUCAGCAGAGGUCUUCUCAGUAUUUCCACGGUUCCUAGACACACCAGGACUGAUAGAACAAGAUUUUAGAGUGAUGUUUGGUGAGCAGACUGCCAACAAGUUCAUGGAGAGGUGGCCUACCACUUUCAAAGCAGGAGUCAUUAAGGAAAGCCAUGGACUGGUCCCCUCCACAGACCUUCUUGAUUUAAUGCGCAACGCCGAGACAUCUACUGAAGUUGAAAAAGGCUGGGACAGUGACAUGUCUGCCAUCAUACUGCUGCUACAUCUGCUACCACCAUCUGCACAGGGACGAAAGAGGCCAGGGAAGAUAUCUGCAUCUAAUGCAGUUUAUCACCUCAUCAAAUUCCAAAAGACGGGAACAAGUGUGCAGCAGCAUCUUGACAACAUCCCUCAAAGCAGUCAGCCCUACCUCCUUGCUCACGGACCCACAAAAAGCAGCAUUCACUCUUUCUUCAUUGCCAUCGACAAGCAUGCACUUCCAUGCCAAGCCACCAGCUCGGUUGGAGCCCUGGAUGAGCUCUUCAAGGCCCACUAUGCGUUUGGUACAUCUUACAGUCCUGCCUUGAACAACUUUUUCACUUUUCUGCAAACUUCCAUUUACAACAUUGACGUGGGGAAAACUAAGGAAACACCAAGAAUUGCAGAGUUGCGAGCGAGAAUGGUGCGUUAGGCACUCUUGAAAUUAAACAAUGAGGUGCUUUCUUUGCAUCAAUGUCUUUGGUGAAGCAAACAAUCUAGUAAAGCACCUCAAAGUAAUACAUGGACUCUGUACGGGAAGGACUCUUUAUCUUCAAUGUGGCCAAGUGGGAUGCUCACGUUUUUUCACUAGUUUUUCUGGUCUUAGGAAGCAUCUGAAUAAGUGUCAUGUGAAUAGUGCAUGUGAUGUUAUUGUUACAAAUGUCAUGUGGAAAGAAUGACACCACUAUGUAUGUUGUCCCAUAUUGUUAUCUCUGAGGAGUUAUCAGGAAAUAAAUGGUGCUACAGUA